AUGCGCGAAGAAUCAGCACCGCCGGAAAAUGAACUCCAGAAAUUUGGCGAAAAGACUCCAAACAUUUCGGAACAUGAAUUACGAUUCCGGAAAUCAACCGAAAAAUUACAUGUGCCAGAUUGGUAUCGUGAACGACGUACAUUGCGUACCACCGACUUGGACACUUCGCACACAUCGACCACUUCCGAGCGCCCGACACCUUGUGGUACUCUAGUGUGUCGUAAUAUUAGUUCACCGACGUACUGUACGAAUGCUUCGUCAGCACAUCCACCUCUGUUUGUCCCUGCUUUACAGACUUAUACUACCGCCACUGCUACUCCCAGCGGUAUUUCAUUAUCGCAUGGGCCGUUGCCAUAUGUGCCUCACGGAGAUAACAAUAGUAGGGCUGCAACUCAGCAUGAAGUAUCAUCCACACGAUACAGUACUCCAUUCUCAUAUGAACAGGGUCGCUGCAGUGCACCACUGCCGCCGAUUCGUACUACUUCUUUCGCAUUUUCGACAUACAACGCACCGUUGGUGAUACCGUACGGUAUGUUCGAUAGAUACCGUGAUGAAAUUGAAGAAAUGCGUCGAAGCCGAACAUCGCUCCACCAGACUGAUGCAAGCGGAGACGCCGAUGAACGAAAGGUUUGCAUUGUGUGA